GUGGGUUCCACAGAGCCCCUGACGGUACCGUCCGUCUCUCCCUAGGUCCUUGUGUGGGGGUAGUAUCCAAUCCGCUCCCGUAUUAUGUUGCACUAUUUUCACGAAAUAAUUUUUUAAUAAUAUGGUGGGCCCCCAGAGCUUGGGUGUUUUGACCCAUUCACGAUAGGAGCUUCCAGAUGAAUGGCCUGGAUCAUUCCACGGUGGGAGGGAAGUGGCAAGUCUCCAGCGGGAGAGCCUUGUUAGCAAAAAGGCGCGAAGAAGAAGAAGUAGAAAACGAUCAUUAACGGCUUUUUAAAAAGAAGCAGCUACCUACAUUGGCCCUCCCGCCAUGAGAGAUGAAUGGCUCUCUCUCGUCUCUUCUCUACAGCUGCCGGAGCCUCAAAUCCUUAAAAUCCAUCCAUGCCCGUCUACUGAUCGAAGGCUCUAUUGCUUCCUCCGACGUUGUCCUCAGCAGAAUCCUCCGAUCCUAUGGCCGCCUCUGCGCCGUUGAUCACGCCCGCAAACUGUUCGACCAAAUUCUCCAACCCAAUGCUUUCCUGUGGACGGCGCUGAUUUAUGCGCAUGUUGAGAACUGUCUCCAUGAAGAUGCUCUUCUCCUUUUCCGCCGGAUGCGGAUGGAAUCCAUGCCCCCGCUGAAUUUCACCCUCUCAUUGGUCAUUAAAGCCCUGGCCCGGCAAUUGAGGUUGCGAGAUGGGCAGUCCAUUCAUGGGCUUGUAUUCAAAUUGGGGCUUGAGUCCGAUUCAACGGUGCAGAACUCAGUGCUCGACUUGUACUCGAGGUGCAGGGACGUCGAUGUUGCACGCCGUGUAUUCGAUGGAAUGCAUUGCAGAGACAUUGUUUCCUGGAAUUGUAUGAUUUCUGGUUAUUGCAAUAAUAGUAGAAUUGAUGUCGCACAUGGGCUGUUUGAUAGGAUGCCGGAGAGGAAUGUGGUGUCCUGGACAGCGAUGAUUUCUGGGUAUGUGGCAGCUGGCAAUAUCACGGCAGCACAUGCUCUGUUUGAGCAGAUGCCUGUUCGAGACUCUGCCUCAUGGAAUGCAUUGAUUGCUGGGUACAUGAACGCUGGUGAUGCUAAAGCUGCUUGUCGUGUUUUUGAAGAAAUGCCAAAACGGGAUAUCGGAUCAUGGAAUAUGAUGAUUUCUGGCUUAUGUAAAGCUGGAGAAUUGCAUUUGGCGAGGGAUAUGUUUGAUAGAAUGCCUGCCAAAAGUGUAGUGUCAUGGACUAUGAUGGUUGAUGGGUAUAUUAGAACUGGGGAUGUCGAGCAUGCGAGGUGUUUAUUUGAUCAGAUGCCCGAGAAGAAUGUGGUCUCUUGGUCUACCAUGAUUGCCGGUUAUGCUAAACAUGGACAACCUAAUAAUGCUUUGAAGCUGUUCGAGCGAUUUAAGGAAACAGGCAUAAAGCCGGAUGAGACUUUUAUUUUAGUAAUUAUCUCAACUUGCUCGCAAGUAGGACUUCUAGACACAGCCGAAGGUAUUGUUCAUGAAUACAUAGAACAUUCUCAGUUGUCCAAUCCACGGUUGGAUGCUAGUUUAAUAGACAUGUAUGCAAAGUGUGGGAGUGUCGGAAAGGCCUUACAAGUGUUUGAACAUGCUCAUAGGAAGGACUUGGUUUGUUACAGUGCUAUGAUCACAGCUUUCUCCAAUCAUGGUAUGUGUCAAGAUGCGAUCAACCUUCUCAAUGAAAUGCUACAAGCGAAUAUAAGACCUGAUGGGGUAGCUUUUAUUGGGUUGUUGAGUGCAUGUAGCCAUGCGGGCCUCAUCGAUGAAGGCAAGAGGUGCUUUAAACUUAUGACUGAGGAUUUUAGUAUUCAACCAUCGGAGAGACAUUAUGCUUGCAUGGUUGAUCUUCUUAGCCGUGCUGGGUUCCUUGAAGAGGCGCAUAAGCUUAUAAGAGAUAUGCCCAUCAAGCCACAUUCAGCUGUGUGGGGAGCUUUGCUAGCUGCUUGUAGAGUGCACUGCAAUGUUGAGCUGGCCGAAGUUGCAGCGGGCUGCUUGUUCGAGAUCGAGCCAGAUAAUUCAGGUAACUACAUUCUUCUUUCCAAUGUAUAUGCUGCUGCUAAACGAUGGGAUGAUGUUGCUAGAGUAAGAACAAUGAUAAGACAACAUGGGGUGAGGAAAAAUCGAGGUUCUAGCUGGAUAGAGUUGGAUUGUGUUGUUCAUGAGUUUGUCAUGGGAGAUAUGUCACGCUUUGAUUAUAAUCGAAUCCAUGCUGUCUUGGAUUUGUUACUUGAAGAAAUGAAGAAUUUUGGGUAUGGACUAGAAUCCAAUCACAUCAUUCAAUGGUAGCGAGGGAAGGGACGGAUCAGCCAUGUUUGCAAAAUAUGCAGUGCCUGUUCUUGAUUGAGCGCACCAUCAUUCAAUGCCGUUAGGAUGUGCACUUAACAGUUUCUCUGAGCUCCAAUCCUCCUUAUGUGAAGAAAAUGUGUAUGUUGAUCAGGAAUGCUGAUUUGGUGGGCCAUUCAGCUACCAUGUGGAUGGCUAUAUCCUAAAGAUUGCAUUGGUUGGACAAUCUUAACCACUGAGUGACCACUGACCAAAAAUUCUUUCUGAUUGGAUGAUCCCAACGGUCUGCUAAAUGACCUUUUUUUUUUUUAAUCAAUGAAUUUUAUAGUGAUCACUACAUGCUAUCUUUUGUACCAUGGCAAUUAAAUAGUAGGCAUGCAUAACCAGUGUGGCUUUUUAUU